AUGAGGAAUGGGAGUCCAGACCUCGUCUGCCUCCUCACAGCUUCUAAGUUUAAGGGGACCCUUAGGAAAGUAAGGCUGACACUUGGGACCUGCAGCUCCUGCUGGGCCUGCCAGAGGAGCGGCGUUGAGCCUGGGAACGCAGGCCUGCCGGGGGCGCUGGCUCCGUGCAGAGGCCGCCGACUGGCGGAGAGGGAAGGUCGGCAGCUGGAUCGUUCCCUGGGGACCCACGACUGCCCGGGACUCGGUUCCGACACACUGCUAAUCACCAGGUGCCUGAGAGUGUGUUGGAUAAAGGACAUUGUCGUGGCAGUGACUGGAGAGAACAUGGAAACGAUGAAAGGUAUUAUUCAGAGGUACCAGCAUAAACGCAUUUCACUGGUUGAAGCUGGAGUGACCCGCCACAGGUCAAUAUUCAAUGGACUGAAAGCUCUGGCCGGGGAUCAGCCAGACUCCAGGCUCUCGAAGCCAGAAGUAGUGAUUAUCCACGAUGCUGUGAGACCUUUUGUUGAGGAAGACAUCCUCCUGAAAGUGGCCACAGCUGCUAAGGAACAUGGAGCAGCAGGAGCAAUUCGACCUCUUGUAUCCACUGUCAUCAGUCCAUCUGCCAAUGGUCACUUAGACCACUCACUAGAACGUGCCAGACACAGAGCCAGUGAGAUGCCACAGGCUUUUCUGUAUGAUGUGAUCUAUGCAGCAUAUCAGCAGUGUAGUGACUAUGACCUGGAUUAUGGAACUGAGUGUUUGCAGUUGACUCUAAAAUACUGUCACAUUAAAGCCAAACUUGUGGAAGGAUCACCUGACCUCUGGAAGGUGACCUACAAACGAGAUUUGUAUGCAGCUGAAUCGAUUAUUAAGGAAAGAAUUUCACAACAGAUUUGCAUAGUUAUGGACACCAAAGAAGAUAAAGACCAUGUAGGUCAUCAUCUUGAAGACAUGCUAAAAAAUGAAUUAAAUCAUGUGAAAGUCACAUCUAGGCCUCUGUGUCAUUCUGACAGUGAUCUUCAGCAAAUCAUCUUAGAGCAAUGCUACAAUUUUGUUUGCGUGAAUGUUAUGACCUCUGAAUUUGAAGAAACCCAGAAAUUACUGAAUAUGCUUAAAGAGAGUAAUCUUUCCAUUUUGUAUCCUGUUGUUGUCAUUUCAGUGCAUUUUCUUGAUUAUAAAUCAGUACCUUUUGAUCAGAAAAUGGAAAACCUAAUGCAGAUUAGGGAGCUAUCAAAGGAAGUGAAAAAAAGAAAUAUUUUACUUUGUGGCCUUCUCAUAUAUUACCCACAGGACGGGCGGAAGCUCCAGGACAGUUUAAGGCAAGGUGCCACAAUCAUCACCACCUUCAUCAAAGAGAGAAAUUCUGCAUUCGCCGGUCAGCUGCUGGUGGCAUGAAGAACACAGAGGAAAUUACCUACUGAGUUUACAGAAACGUUUAUCUAAGUCUCUUUUGCACUGCCCUCCCGACUGUGUGUGGUAGUGCGUUUAAAUUGUCUUUUACGUCUCCUAAUUUGUAGGAUAUGAUGCUUGGGUUAUAAAAGUGAAUCGAUGUUUAUAUCUGUGAAAUAAAAAUUCACUUCUGUGCAUGCCAAAUAUACAUUGCCUGAACCAGAAAAGAAUAGGUAAGUGGGAACGAAUAGCCUUCACAUAAUCUUUUUACAAAAGCAUGAAAGAUCACGUAGGAACAGUGAUGGGUGAGUUAGUCCUCCAAGGAAUGAGAAUGUAGAAAUCUUGAACUAUUGUCUCUGUGUUAGUCAGUCACACUGUAUUGAAACUAAUCUAUAAAGUUCAGAAUUAUUCUUAAUUCUAAAAUUGUCCUCUCUUGCCCUGGCUAGUGUGGCUCAGUUGGGAGAUGUUGGCCAACUGAGCGUCAUCCUAUGCACCAAAAGUCACCAGU